CAAGUAACGACUGGCUUUAAUCUCCUUAUUCAGUGAAAAAUUCACCUUAUCCCAAACAAAUUUACCUUGAAUCGAGAUUCAAAACUCACAUGGCCCAAACUGCAGCUACACAUAACCACUGUCAAGUUGAAAGGAACUAAGAUGAUUAAAGAACAAACUAUAAAAGAUUAGUUACUCUGUGAAGUUAUUUAACAAUAUUUACUUGCAAAUUACGAUUUGCUUGACGUGAUACACCAAAAACAUUCACUAGAAUCUCUCGUUACCUCUCUUAGCGGAUAAUAGUGUUCAAUAUUUAUCGGGCAUAUACAGUGAACAACAGUCUAUCAAAAAUAAAAGAACCUAUUGAAGAGGCAACUUGAGAAUUGAAGUGAACUGAAGGUCGACAGUAACGUCCUUCAUGCACGAUGACUAGUCAAAUAUUAGAUCUAGUUAGGCGUUUCAAGGUGUUGUGUGAAAGGAAUCCAGAUAAGUCAGAAGCUGUUGUUGCUAUUGAAGUCCUUGCGCAACUUCAUGAAUGCUCUGAUGUCACAACUGUUCAAGGUCUUCAUGAUGUAAUGAAUACAGCUAUAGAGCGUAUGUGGAAAGAGGGAGUUAGCAAUCUCUCCGUUAUAUCAGCUUGUGAAUUAUUCCAGCGUUUUAUUACGCUAGCAACACUGGAUACAGUCGAUUUUGAUGAAUGCAAAAAAGUACUUUCUGAGAGGGCCCAGAUAUUUAUCAGAAAGGUCGGUUCAUGUAGGCGAAAAAUAGCAGAAAACUUCCUGAACUACAUCCCUAAUGGUUCAGUGAUAUUCUUACACUCUUAUUCCCGUGUUGUUCUUGCUGCACUGGCAUAUGCUGCAUCUACUCAAAAGCGUCUUCAUUGUUAUGUGACAACAUGUGCACCUAGCGGGCUGGGUGCAAAAAUGACGAAAGCGUUAGCUAAAUUAAAAAUUUCCUGUACUCUUGUUCCAGACAAUUCUCUUGCUUACCUGAUGCCGCAAGUCGACCUUGUUGUUUUAGGAGCUGAAGCUGUAGUGGAAAGCGGUGGAAUAUUAAAUAUGCUUGGUUCCUCACUAAUUGCAAUGACAGCAUCUUCAUUCGGUAGACCAGUUUAUGUGCUUGCAGAAUCUUUUAAAUUUAUGCGAUGUUAUCCUCUUGAUCAGCGUCAUAUUCCUGAUGAGUUCAAAUGGUCUUACGAUCAUGAGUGUGGAUCAUUAUCACCAUCAACUCUAUUAAUUUUAACAGAUGGGAACAACUGUUUAACUCAUGAUGAAAAUAAUUGCGAUUUUCCGGAAAUGAAAACAGCAUGGGCUGAUGUUGAAGCACAAAGAGUUCCCGUAAUUGAGCAAAAAAUGCCUCGAGUAGACUAUACAAGUCCAUGUUACAUUAAUUAUCUUAUAACAGAUCUGGGUGUCCUAACACCUUCAGCUGUUAGUGAUGAAUUAAUUAAAUUGUAUUUAUAAUAUUAUGGCCAUGAAAAUAUAUACCUGUUCAUUCACUG